UGUUGUUUCCCAGUGAUUAAAUGUAAAUAAAAAUUACGAUGUAUAUGUACAAUACAGAACAGAUCAAUGAAACUUACGAAAUCUGUGUGAAAAAACAAACAUAUUAGUAAAGCUUAUAUUCUACAUUUCGAGCUACAUUAAUAUUCACAUUUCGUCUGCCUAAAAUAAAAAAACAUUUUAAAAACGUUAACUGAACUGAGAAUAUGCGCAUAAAACCUACAUGCAACUACUGCUGUGAGAUUCUAUGUGCUGUUAUUACGGAAAAUUAGUUUACCGUCUCAGUAACUGUCCCACAGAUCUCAGUUGAGCAAUUUUAUAACUCACAGACGUUUAAUAGAACAAAACGUAAACCUACCGGUGUGGUGGAUUCUGAUUGGAUGAUUGUGCCACGUGUGGUGUGCUUCUAUUGGACGACCGUAUUCGACGUAACAUGACGAUACAAUAUUUGAACAUAAAACCAUGACUAGACAUAAUCUUACGCAAUCAUUCGGUACGAUUGGCCGUCGGUCGCGUAUUGUAAAGGACACGUAUCAGAUAAGUGGUCUUGUUUUGCUCUUAAUAGCAUACAAUGCUUAUGCAAUUUAAAGUAAUCGUGCUAAAGUCACGUAUACUUUUAAAAGUGGCAACCAUAGCGCAAUACGACCACAAUUCAUCACCUGUAAAAACACUUCCAUAAGAACACGUGUUAUUAAACCUUUCUCUACACGUCAGUAUCAUGUUUGUAUUUACACGUAACAUUUCGAUAUAGUUAAUAUUAGUACCGAUACAUAAUCUUAAAGUUUACUAAAUUGAAAUUAUUGUGUUAUUAAGGAAUGACUCAAUAGUAAAUAUUUUCUAAUGGAAAAUUCAAUAAGAGAAACAUAUACUGUAGGACCGUAGGUGCACCCAAUAAAUAAAACUUAAAAAAGAAAGAUGCUUGAGUUAAUCCAUCUCCAUGACAUGUUUUAUUUGUAGUGUAUAUAAUCAGACAGGUGUAAGGGUGGCUUUAAAAUAAGAAAUUAAAUCGUCCGUAGGUCUACACUGUGCAUGAAUGUCAAAUAAGCCAACAUAUGGUUGUGUUGAUCAAAUUUCUUCUAUUGCGUUCUUUCAUUGAUUCCAUAAUAACCACACUGAAUACACUGCAGAUUGAUUACCGGGGCUAACAACCGAGUACACUUACUUGUAUCACUCUUCUGUGGUGUAACACAGUGUUUUAAGUUAGUAAAGAGUGGGAAAAGAUAGGACACCUUUUUAUUCAUUUUUUUCGCACCAUUUGGAAGUAAACAAAGAACAUUCAAAGAAAUAUAGAACCGUAUCCUCACGACUCCCAUACAGACAGUUGUUAAGAGAUAAUUGUUAAGACACGACCAGGAUAUUCCGGUAUUAUAUGGGCUGAAGGUUUCCCAUCUUAUCCCACUGUAGGGUACUAUAUUUACUUUUGCCACGCGCGCGUUUUCGUCAAAGGUCGACUUUCUAGCGAUAUCUUGUUUCUCCAACUACAAAAGAAUUUCGUUUGUAAAGAGUUGUCAUCUAUACUCCCACCCACGGACAAAUUAUCAGAUUAAAACAAUAGCUGAUAGCAGGAUCCGGCUAUUGUCGACUGUGUUUGCUAAACUGGUCGACAGAUUGUUUGCAUCUGAAGUUUUUUGAUCAUGAAGCGUCAAAUUUGUGUUGUAGCUUAUGUAGCAAACAGGCCUGAUUACAGCGAUUCACGAAAACCGAGUUACUGGCAUUUAGCAGUUGUAAAAAACUGCACAGCGGUCGUGGGUGCACUCGUAAAAGACAAAGAUAAUUUCGUAAAGGUGCUAACUUCAGCGCAAUCAGAUUCAUCUUUCGUCAGAAAUAUAAAACGAACUUCGCCAGAUGUUCUUUUAACUGGAGUAUCCCUCGAAAUCACGACUCAGGUCGCCAAGUCAGUAGCGGGAAGUGAUACUUUAAUAUUGUUUACUGAUACAGACUAUGAAAAAGAAAACCCCAUUUCGGAUGAAGUGGAUGUUGGUCGUUCUGUCACUGACGCUUGCGUCAACAGUUGCGUUAAACACUUGAUCUACAGCACGCAAAUGCACGUAUACGCUUGCAUUGGUCUGAGGUGUGACGCAUGUGAUGCAAAAGCACAUAUCGCAGAUUAUAUUACAGCUGCGGAUAUUAAAGAAACGCUGGUCUGCAUUCCGUUUCUUUAUGAAGAUUUUCUCGCUGGAGGCGCUCUUACACCAAGGAAAACUACCCGAACAGACACCUACAAAAUAGUUGCUCCGAUGGGCUACAUUCCAAUGGACACAAUAGCCCUUGAAGACGUUGCACUUUGCUUCAGAAAUCUAGUUGCUAAUCCAACAAAUUGGUCAGGAAAAACGUUGUCACUUUCAGGUGAUAAAAUGACUAUCCAGGAAUAUGCACAGAUGUUGACUGAUAAUGUCUACCCUAAGAUUGUUAAGGAUGCUCAAGUUACACCAGAAGAGUUCAUUGACUACAAUGAAUGGGACGGUGCUGAAGACAUGGCUAACUAUUUCGAUUAUCUGACCAGAGGCGUCCAGCGUAACAACAUGAACUCAACUAUGUCGUUAGUCUCCGAAAUUGCUUGCUUUUAUGACUGGGCAAAAGCAAACGCGAAAAAAGUUGUAGCUGCACUAGAAGUUUGAUUUUCUUAUCUGUAACAUGAUUGAAUGUAUUGAAUGUAUGUGCAUAAUCAAUUCAAUGUUUUAAACGAAAGUAUAAAAAACACUACGGAAAAC